GAACCAAUCGCUUCCCUUGACAGACAAAAAACUUCCGAAAAGAACUCGGAGAAGUUGCAACUCAUGAUGCAGUCAUGUCCCUCUUAUUCGCCUCCCCUCCAUAUAUCAGCCAGCCCCGAAUCCCAGGUUGGUCUCUCCCACCCCAUCAACCAUGUCGUUCGUGUCAAGGAUCCUCUUCAAGAUUGCGAACGCAUUUCUCAACGCUGGGAUCUUCGUUUGGGAUAUCAUCAUUACCCUCUUGAACCUGGUUCUGCCAAAGAGGGCAGUGGGUCAUGUCACCCCAGAAAGUCACCCAGGAUAUCAUGGGUACUGGCCCGAGUACAAGCCCGCACAAGAGGGCGACAGCAGAUGCUCAUGCCCUGCUCUCAAUGCAAUGGCCAACCACGGCAUUCUUCCUCGCAAUGGCCGUGGAAUCACAUUCAAAGAAAUGAAUGCGAAAAUCCGUACCACAUAUAAUUUCGCACCUACCUUCUGCCUAUUCGUACCCAACUUCGCUGCAAACAUGUUGAACAAGAGCUAUCGUACAGACACGUUUGACCUCGAGGAACUCGAUCUACACAAUGGAAUUGAACACGACGCCUCUCUCACUCGUGUCGACACUGCCGCGAACCCAAAUCAGUCCGUAAUCCACGCUCCAUUUGUUGAGGAAUUGCUGGGUUCGGCAUCAGGAAAGGCUGCCGAUGGGCAUCAACUUCUAACUUCUAAGGACUUGUCAAGAAUAUCCGGAAAGCGCCGCGUUGAAGCACGAGCCAAUAACCCCGACUACACAUUAAGCUUAUUUCAUAAGAUGUUUGGCAGCUCCAACUCGUCAACUCUUUUGACCAUAUUCGGUGGUAGGGUGGAAGACCUCAGAUCAGUGCUGCUCGAGGAGCGCCUUCCUAGCGGAUGGGAGUCGAGAAUCAGGCAACCGUAUGGUUUGACGAUGUGCAACUUCAACAAAACCGUGUUGGCAGUGGAGUUCGGAAUCAAGGAGAAAGAUCACCCUGUGCCAGACAGUAACAAACAGGACAACGUAUGAUCAUGAAUCUGAUGACUUUCCCCUAUUACAUUAGUGACAAUCCGCUUAAAAUAACGAUGAUUAUGAUCUGUGUUUCAUUCCCGAAAAUGUG